AUGGACAGCUUAUGGUCCUUCUUGGGCAAAGGCACUCCGACCAAACAUGACCAACAUGAAGACAUUCCAUCAGAAUCUCGCGAUGGGUUUCCUGUACCGAACAGCACCCUUUCGUACUGGCGAUCAGACCCGCACCCCAUAGACUCUUAUUGCUCAUCCGAGAAGCUACCUUCAGAAUGUGAUAUUGCGAUCAUUGGCGCUGGCAUGACCGGUGUCAGCACAGCCUAUCAUCUGUCACGCUUCCAUACUGCAGGCCAUUCAGGAAAGAAGCCCUCGAUAGUUGUUCUCGAUGCUCGAGAAGUCUGCUCUGGAGCCACUGGACGAAAUGGCAUGGCCAAGCAAUUUGGUAUUGAUGACGCCAACGAGUUCGCUGCUUUUGUAUCUGCUCAGAGAUAUCUUAUGAAAGAUACAGUCGACCGAGAAGAGUUGACCUGUGAGUUUGAGAUGCGACGCAGUUUUGAUGCUUAUGUAGACAAGGAAGAGGCAGAAGCAGCAGAGGAGUUGUAUCGCAAUGCUAUAAAGGAUGGUCACGAUUGGGUGAGAGAUUUUGACUUUGUGGAAUACAGAGUUGCUGAGCAAGUAUGUCGCCUCGAGUAUGUCCACGAAGCCUACGAUGGUCAGGCUGAUGAGGAAGNNCAGGUUACAUCAAUUCAAGGCGCGAAGGCUGCUCUUAGUAUGCCUGUCUGUUCUCUCUGGCCUUACAAAUUUGUGACGCAGCUCAUUUCCAUCAUGGUCGACAAAAGAGCGGCGAAAUUAUAUACCCACACUCCUGUUCACUCCAUCGAAUCCUCUGGUGCCUCGUCGACUAUCCUUCACACAUCCAAAGGUGCCAUGAGAACCAAGAAACUCAUCUUCGCCACCAACGCUUACACUCCUGCCAUCUGUCCGUUCUAUAACGAUGAGAUUAUUCCGUACAAAGGAACCGCCUGCCACAUUGCACCGGAGAAACCAAUAUCUCCACACCUCAGUAACACUUACAACAUCUAUCACGAUCAUCCAGCCGACCAAGCCACAAGAGUUGACUACUUGAACCCGAGGCCAGACGGCGGCAUCGUAGUGGGUGGUGCAAAACACCUCUUCGACUCUGACAAGGCCUUGUGGUACAACAACACGGACGACAGCACUCUGCUUCCCAACGUCCGCCCCUACUUUGACACUUACAUGCAAUCCAACUUCAAAGGCUGGGAGAAUAGCAAAGCCAAAGUAACACACCUGUGGACAGGUAUUCAGGGCGAAACAAAGGAUGGCUUUCCUUUUGUGGGCAGAGUACCUGGCAAGGNNGAGAAUUGGUAUGUUGCUGCUGGGUUCAAUGGUGGUGGCAUGACUUUUAUCUUCUCUUGUACUGAGGGAUUGGCAAAGAUGGUGGAGGGCAAGACAUAUGAGGAGACUGGACUGCCGAAAAUGUUUGAUGCUGCGAGGAUGGGAAAUUGA